UCAACUACUUCCACGCAACCAGCAGACAUUACACUCACGCCAAAUGCACCAACGGGACAGGAGGGCCUGCUUUUGCCAAACUCCUAAUCGCCUUUUUGACUCAUGAGAAUUAUUUUGUAAAGACCAUUGCUGUUUUCUUUUGAAAUACUGCCCCCCCCCCCCACCCCACCUCUCUCAUCUUAUGUGAACCUCGCGUGAACCCCACCUGGCAUUGGAAUUUCGCUGCAUAGUUUUUCAUUUUGAAUAUUUUUAUAACCCACCCCCACACACCCAAUCUAAGACGUUUUGGACUUUGUGAAAGCAGCUUCGAGGCCUUCCUGUUUGUUUGUUUUUUGUGUGUGUGGCGGUGCUGCUGAGCGAGUAGCUGCAGGAUGGCUACUUUACCCGGAACAGUGCCUCGGAUGGUGCGCCCCACGCCGGGUCAGAACUACCCUCGGACCGGCUUCCCUCUGGAAGUCUCCACCCCACUGGGCCAGGGUCGGGUCAACCAGCUGGGCGGCGUGUUCAUCAACGGGAGACCCCUGCCCAACCACAUUCGCCACAAGAUCGUGGAGAUGGCCCACCACGGCAUCCGGCCGUGCGUCAUCUCGCGACAACUGCGCGUCUCGCACGGCUGCGUGUCCAAAAUCCUGUGCCGCUACCAGGAGACCGGCUCCAUCCGUCCGGGGGCCAUCGGGGGCAGCAAGCCCAGGCAGGUGGCCACUCCCGACGUGGAGAAGAGGAUCGAGGAGUACAAGCGAGAGAACCCGGGCAUGUUCAGCUGGGAGAUCCGGGAUAAGCUGCUGAAGGACGGGGUGUGCGACAGAAGCACAGUUCCUUCAGGUGAGGCUUCAUCUGUGAGCUCCAUCAGCCGCGUUUUGAGGGCCCGAUUUGGCAAAAAAGAUGACGAGGAUGACUGUGAUAAGAAGGACGAAGACGGAGAAAAGAAAACAAAGCAUAGCAUCGAUGGCAUCCUCGGUGAUAAAUGUAGCCGCACAGACGACGGCUCCGACGUGGAUUCCGAGCCCGACUUGCCGCUGAAGCGCAAGCAAAGGCGCAGUCGCACCACCUUCACUGCCGAGCAGCUGGAGGAGCUGGAGAAGGCCUUUGAGAGGACGCAUUACCCGGACAUCUACACCAGAGAGGAGCUGGCCCAGAGGACCAAAUUGACAGAGGCCAGGGUGCAGGUGUGGUUCAGCAACAGACGUGCCAGAUGGCGUAAACAGGCUGGGGCCAAUCAGCUCGCUGCCUUCAACCACCUGCUUCCGGGCGGAUUCCCACCCACUGGCAUGCCCACUUUACCCACGUACCAACUCCCGGAGGCGAGCUACCCCGGCACCACACUAUCGCAGGAGGGCAGUACUUUGCACAGACCUCAGCCUUUGCCGCCGUCCUCCAUGCACCAAGGGGGCCUGAGUGACAGCAGCUCUGCCUAUGGCCUGUCAUCCAACCGUCACAGCUUCUCCAGCUACUCCGACUCCUUCAUGACCCCUUCAGCAUCCAGCAAUCACAUGAACGCAGUCGGCAACGGGCUCUCCCCGCAGGUGAUGAGUAUCCUAAGCAAUGGGAGCGCGGUGCCCUCACAGCCGCAGCACGACUUCUCCAUCUCGCCGCUGCACGGGAGCCUGGACGCUUCCAACCCUAUUUCAGCCAGCUGCAGUCAGCGCUCGGACUCCAUCAAGGGGGUGGACAGCCUGGCCUCCUCGCAGUCCUACUGCCCCCCCACCUACAGCGCCACUAGCUACAGCGUGGACCCCGUCGCCGCCGCCGCCGGCUACCAGUACAGCCAAUACGGCCAGACUGCCGUGGACUACCUGGCCAAGAACGUGAGUUUGUCCACCCAGAGGAGGAUGAAGCUGGGUGACCACUCGGCCGUGUUGGGACUGCUGCAGGUGGAGACGGGUCAGGCUUAUUGAAGCCCUCCCCUGUCCCCCCCAAGCCCGCCGAGGGCGGCACGCCACUCGACCAACACCUUGGAGCCACUUUGAUGACUUUGAUGAUGUUGAUAGUAGUUAACGAUCUCAUUUCAACUACUUUCUCUGCUUUUUUCAUACUGUUAAUAUUAUUGUUGCUGUAUGAAUGUUGUUAAUAUGAUGUUCUUUGAUUACACAAGGAGGAGGAGGAUUGUUCCCCCCAACCCCCAAUCUCCAUUUUUUUUUCUUUUUUUGUGUGGGGGGUUAAUUGACCUUCCCGCUUUCAUAUCCAUCAUGACAUUCCAAAAGCACUUGGCCACUCUGUGGGAAGUCUGGCUGGAGGGACUCUGCAGGGAAUUUUAAGCAGUGUUUCGGUGGCCAAUAGCCACCCCCCGCCCCCCUCCAACCUCCAUCCCAUCCUUAGCUGCGUUCCAUGUGGAAGGGGGGCUUUGUUUGGGGAAAAGCAAUUGGGGACAUGAAUGUAUUUUGUUUGGAAAUAUGGAAGCCAGACCACAUGACACGAAAUCCCAUCUGCCAUUGUUAAAGUAGAUUAAAUCACACCAAUCUAAAAUCAGGCACCUUCACUUGGCCCCGCAAAAGACACGCAUUCCUUCCAAAACAUUCCGAAAAACAUCUCGAAAGCAUUCCAACACUUUCCACUUUGGAAAGAGUCCACGAGAGAAACGCGUCAUCAUUUUUUACGACAACGAAGUCAACAAAAAUAGUCGUCAUUAAGGAGAAUUCAUUUGGACUAUUGUCAGGGUAGAACUCUGAAGAUAUGGUUUUGUAAAAGUCAAGCUGUGAUCACCGAAGUUACAUUUUACAAUAAGUAAGGUGGAAUAGUCAGAGAAAAGUUCAAGGCUCGUUUUGUGAGAAUAAAGUUCUUCCGAAAUAAAGUAUAGCUGCAGGAGAAAAUGAAUCAAGUGUUAGAUUUCAAAGAAAGAUCAAAUUGAACAAGAAUUAAUGUACAUAAAAAUAUAACAUAACAAAUCAUUUGCUAGGAUUAAAAACAAAAGAGGUAUUCAAAUUCAUGAGAAAAAUGCUACAAUUUGGGAACGUAGCGAAUUUAUCCCGACAAUUUUGGGAGGUAAAAAUUUGAAAUAAUUCUCCAUAAAUUAUUAUUAUAGUUUGUUUCUAUUAAAAUAUGUUAAUUGUAAAUCUGAAUUGAUGCAGUUAAAUUGUUACCAGAAAAAGAUUUCAAUUUACAAGAGUUAACAUCUAAGGAAAAAAAUACUUACAUUUAGGACAAUAGUCAUAAUUUUAUGAAAAUGAAUUUUAUACAUUAUAAAAAAAUUUGAGGGCAAAAAAAAGUUGUAAUUCCAAGGAAACGUUUCCGUAAACAUUGCAAUUAUAUUUCCUUGAAGUCUUCCAAAUUUUUGGACUCGUGAAAUUUGGAAUUCUUGUGUUCUUCAUUGUGUUUUUCUUCUAAGAUUGCAUCCUUCCGGUUCCAUUACAUUACGCUAAUUUUAAAAAAAAACUUGACAAGUUAAGAAUUCUACAAGAAUGUUUUUUAAAUUGGAAUAUGACAAGAAAAAAACUGACAUUUCUGUUGUAAUUUUACCAAAAAAAAGCAAAGUUGCAAUUUCACACAACUAAAAUUGUAACAUGAGGAAAGAAAGUUUAAAUAUUACAUGAAAAGGAUGUCAUCUUCUUACACAACUUGAUGAAAAUAAAACUAUGAAAAAAUGGGAAUAUCAUAUUAUUGUGACCAAUUUGUCCCUUUUAUAGGUAAAUCUUCAUACGUCCGAUGUACAAAAGAAUAUGAGAAAAAAAAGCCUUCAUCCGUCAUCAUCUAGGACCAACUGUUUUUCCUCAUGUGUCAUUUAAUUGCUUUUUUGAGGGGUUGGGGUGUUAAACUUUUCAAAUGUGUACAGUCUCUUUGUUUCUCAAGACUAUGUUUUAUACUAAAACAAAACGUUACCUUUCACCUUAACUGUCUGUUGGCUGUCUGUUAAUUUUCUUGAUCUUGGUAUUUAAUUGCAUUUGAAUCCCGCUUUGGCAAGAAGAAUGUGUCAACACUUGGAAUUAAUUCCCCUGGAGAUGCGGUCCAAAUGAAAGGACCAAAAACUGCUUAUAUGGACCCCGACGGGAGCACUUGGCGGAGCUUUUUACUUGCUGGCCAGAUAGGACUGGACCAUUUUUCAUGUUUACGCGCCCUCUGCUCAACAACAACAACGCAACAAAAACAAAAUCUGAGUGGCGUGGAUUCGUACUCACCGAAUCACCUGCUUCUGCUGUGAACUUGUGAAUACAUAAAAAAAAGACAAGAAAAAAAUGAA